AUCUCUUGGGUAGGUUUCCAGGGAAGGCAGUGAGCUGUAUCCCUUACUCCGCUGGCGGCGCGAGGCGUCUGGCUCUUCGCGGCUGCUGCGAGGGAAAAGGGAGCGCGGGGGCUGGGUGGAAUCGAGGAGUGAGGAAAAAGGGAAGGGGCGGGGGAGAGGGACCAGGGAAGGCGUCAGGGGGAAUCUCGCGAGGGUUGGAGUUUUGGCGAGAGUUUGUGGAAGAUGGCGCCUGUUGUGACAGGUCAUUGAAAUUAUGAAACUGUCAUUCCAAUGGAAGCAUUAUAGUUCUUCGGAACCAUUAUGAUCUCAAAAGGAGAGGAGAAUGAUACAGAUACACUGGCUGAGGUGUUUUGAGGUGCAUCGAAGUGUUCCAGCCUGUGGCUUACCUUAACAUGUUCUUGAAGUACCAUGGCGUGGAUUAAAAGAAAAUUUGGUGAGCGGCCUCCACCUAAACGACUUACUAGGGAAGCUAUGCGAAAUUAUUUAAAAGAGCGAGGGGAUCAAACAGUACUUAUUCUUCAUGCAAAAGUUGCACAGAAGUCAUAUGGAAAUGAAAAAAGGUUCUUUUGCCCUCCUCCUUGUGUAUAUCUUAUGGGCAGUGGAUGGAAGAAAAAAAAAGAACAAAUGGAACGCGAUGGUUGUUCUGAACAAGAGUCUCAACCAUGUGCAUUUAUUGGAAUAGGAAAUAGUGACCAAGAAAUGCAGCAGCUGAACUUGGAAGGAAAGAACUAUUGCACGGCCAAAACAUUGUAUAUAUCUGAUUCAGACAAGAGAAAGCACUUCAUGCUCUCUGUAAAGAUGUUCUAUGGCAAUAGUGAUGACAUUGGUGUGUUCCUCAGCAAGCGGAUAAAAGUCAUCUCCAAACCUUCCAAAAAGAAGCAGUCAUUGAAAAAUGCUGACUUAUGCAUUGCCUCAGGAACAAAGGUGGCUCUGUUUAAUCGACUUCGAUCCCAGACAGUUAGUACCAGAUACUUGCAUGUAGAAGGAGGUAAUUUCCAUGCCAGUUCUCAGCAGUGGGGAGCAUUUUACAUUCAUCUCUUGGAUGACGAUGAAUCAGAAGGAGAAGAAUUCACAGUCCGCGAUGGAUACAUCCAUUAUGGACAAACAGUCAAACUUGUGUGUUCAGUUACUGGCAUGGCACUCCCAAGAUUGAUAAUUAGGAAAGUUGAUAAGCAGACCGCAUUACUGGAUGCAGAUGAUCCUGUGUCACAGCUCCAUAAAUGUGCAUUUUACCUUAAGGAUACAGAAAGAAUGUACUUGUGCCUUUCUCAAGAAAGAAUAAUUCAGUUUCAGGCCACUCCAUGCCCAAAAGAACCAAAUAAAGAGAUGAUAAAUGAUGGCGCUUCCUGGACAAUCAUUAGUACGGAUAAGGCAGAGUAUACAUUUUACGAGGGGAUGGGCCCUGUCCUUGCCCCAGUCACACCGGUGCCUGUUGUAGAAAGUCUUCAGUUGAAUGGCGGUGGGGACGUAGCAAUGCUUGAACUUACAGGACAGAAUUUCACUCCAAAUUUACGAGUGUGGUUUGGGGAUGUAGAAGCUGAAACUAUGUACAGAUGUGGAGAGAGUAUGCUCUGUGUUGUCCCAGACAUUUCUGCAUUCCGAGAAGGUUGGAGAUGGGUCCGGCAGCCAGUCCAGGUUCCAGUAACUUUGGUCCGUAAUGAUGGAAUCAUUUAUUCCACCAGCCUUACCUUUACCUACACCCCAGAACCGGGGCCACGGCCACAUUGCAGCGCGGCGGGAGCAAUCCUUCGAGCCAACUCUAGCCAAGUGCCCCCUAAUGAGUCAAACACAAACAGCGAGGGGAGUUACACAAAUGUCAGCACAAAUUCAACCAAUGUCACGUCAUCUACAGCAACAGUUGUGUCCUAACUACCGUCUUUUUGCUAGGACUUACACUGACUUGAGUGCGGCAAAAUGUUGACAAAAAAAGAAAGAAAAAAAUGAACAAUCUUUUGUGGUUUCUUGGGAAAACUUUUUGUACCCGGUGAUACUAUUCAAAAACCCCAUUACCUGCAAGUGCUGAUUUGAAGUGCAGAAGCCACAGUAAAACAAACAAAAAAACAUCAAAAUGUGCAAACUUUUGGAAAUUGAUUUUUUUCGGCUGUUAUUUUUGUUUGUUUGGUUUUUGUUUGGUUUUGUUUAAAUGGGCAAGAAAUAGAGAUGUGGCUGGAGUAAAAGGUAAUCAAACUAGAAGACGAAAAUCUAACAUAGUUUUUAUGGACCAAGGAACUUGUAUAAGCUUUAGUAAAAGGUACAUUUUCACCAUACCUUUUUUAUAUCACAGUAUAUAUAGUACACCUUUGUUACCAAAUAGGUUGUUCUCCUCCCCACCCCCUUUGAGCUUUUGCUCUUAAGUACAUUCAGGUUCCAAGCCUGACCAUGCUUGUUUAAUCUAAUUACCAUACUCCUCCAGGUCUUUUCGGUCUAAGGCUGGAACUGUUCUUUUUAUUUUAUUAUUUUCUUUAAAAGCUGAAGUCUUAUGACUUUUCAUGAGUGGAAGGUGUUUUGAUUUCAGCAAUUCAAAUCUUGUAAAGGCCUGCAUAUUUCUUUUAAGAUUAUUUGAAGUCUGUGCAAAAGCUUUAAAAAAAAUGCCUCUGCCUUGCCUGCAAUACAUGCAACGUACGUUGACUUAGUCUCUAUUCUCAGACACCGUUGAUAGUUAUUUCUGUGUUCCUUUUUUUUAAAAAAAUGUAUUUAUAGUUGUAAUCCAAGAGGUUCUAACAUUUACCUGGAAUUAAAUGUGGCCAUUUAGUCAUUAAUGAGUUAAUGGCGUGGAACAUGUUGGUUUUUACAGUGUUCCCUUCCCUUUUCCUGUGCAGAAAUGUAUCUGUGCGGUCCAGGAUUUGUUCAGGUUUUCCCUCCUCCUAAUCUUGUACAUAACUUGUAUUAUGUGUAAGUUAAACAUUUUAUUUUGAAGCUAGAAUAUUCCCAGUGAUUUCAUUCAGCAGGGUGUUUUUCUGCCUUGUUGGCAUAUGACAAAAAAAUAUCAUCAGAAGUAUUUGCUACCAGUUGGUAGAUGGUGCCCUUAUUGUAUAAUGAGGAAAAUCUCAGCAAAAGCAUGUUUUUACUUACUUUCUUUUGUGGGGGGUAGCCUAGGCCAAAAUAUCAUUGUAACCUUGAAACAAGAUGCUUUUACUAGAUGACCAACUAAAAUAGCUGGAAGACAGUACUUUAGGAACAGAUAGCUGUAAGAUUAUAAAAAUGCAAAUGUACUUUAUCUUUCCAUUUCUCUCCCUGCCUUUUUUUGUUUUCUCUUCCCCAGUACUGAGCAUCUUCACAAAUGUCUCCUACUCGGAAAGCAUUUCUUCUCCAUUCAGUUAAGAUUUGGCUGCAUUCAGGGUUGUGUGCUGGCUGUGUGUGCUGGGCUCACCAGUUUCACGUUGGGUUUGUUCCUGCACUUUGGGCACGCCUAUGUUCGGUGUCUUAGAAAUUGCAGCAGACUCAUUGGGCUACGUUUUCUACAGGAACUAUGUGUGUGAUGUUACAGGACAUGGUCUAGUAAUACAGUCAUCUUUCUUUGAGUAAAAACUACCUCUAGAUUGUGGUAAGCUUUUACUGUCCCAUAAAACAGGAGCCACAAGUACCUUAAGAAUGCAAAACUAACUUCCUGCAGUUUCCAUACAGAAAUUGUCUUUCUGGUGUCCUGGGCUAUUUUGAAAAGUUUCCGUCAGUAGACUUUUUAAAACAUCAUUGUUAGUAGCUUCCCCCCACUCCCCUCCACCCCCAGCUUUGAUAUCUUCAUUACUCAUUCUUCUGCUCAGACUCUGCCAUUGUAAAUACAAUUCCUAACAUCUUUACAUCACUUUUUCCUCAGUUUUCAAGGGGGAAGUCAUUUGUAAAACAUGUUAGUGGUUAAAUAAAAGUUAUUGUGGUCUUCUCUUUACUGCAAGCCUUUUUAAUUACUCACAGGCUGCAUUAUACUAUAUAUAGCCUUUCUCUCUUUAAGUCUGCUCCCGUCACUAGCUUCUCUUGUAAGCUAAUCCUGCCUCACACUUUAAAUCUGUUUCAGUGACCAAGGGCAGAAUUCAUUGUGGCCUUAUCUUUCUUUGUUUUAACUGUUUACUGGCUUUUUCUUGCAAACUUGCUUGUUUCUGAGUAGUAUUUAUUCUCCUCUCUGUUGAGUCUGGAAGUAGUCUUUACACAGUGCUUUUUGUUCAGAGCGCCGAAAUGUUUUCAGUGCUGCCUUACUUUGAAUGGGCCACAAGUUUCCUCCACUUCCCAGGUUUGGUAUUUAGUUACCAAAUUAUAUUAAAUUAACUGAUAAUAGAUGAGAUGCUUUUGAAGAACAAACUAUUCCUACCCAGCAUUGCAACUCAAAAUAAUUUUUUCAAGUUUAUGGCUUUACUAAAAUUAACUUUUGCUUUUUUACUGUUUAACUAUAUCUAAUUUUGGCUCUUUGUUUAUUUUAAUAAGAUAAUUGAAAUAUUAGACUGUAAACCCUUUUCCUCUUUUUUUUUUUGAAAAGUCCAAGAAUAUGCUUAUACAGGCAUUCUCCCCCCCCACUAUUUUAUGACAUUCUACAUACCACAAACUAAAGACUGAAAUGAUUUGUCUGUUGUGACUUAUUGUUUACUAGUAGUUCUUUUAUCAGCUGAUUAAAAUUUUUUUGUGAAUUAUUUUCAGUGUUUAAUUUUCAGGAGCCUUGUCCUCUGGUUAUGGUAGAACACGGCCCCUCCUCCAAUGGUGGCAUUGUUAGAGAUGCUGGUCAUUUUCCCUUAUAAAGACUCUCAGAAUGGUAACCACUUCAGUUAAAAUAUAGUACAUUCAAGGUUUUUUUUUUUUUAAUUCUGUAUUAGAAGUGUAGCCUAUGCUCUUAUGAUUCUAUGCAGUUUCUGAAAAUAUGCAUAGAAGCUGAGUCUGUUAUCCAAUAUGUUUUUAUUAGUUCUGUUGAAUUUGAUCACGUAGAUUGGGAUGGCAAGCUAAAGGCUUUAAAUAUAAAAUGCCCUUUUUAUUUUAAAUGAUUUCAGAGUUGAACACUAGUAUAAAAUUUACCCUGCUGCUGACUUUUCUUAAACUGUGGCAAAUAAAGGCAUCCUCAUAUAUAUAUUAAUUAGUGAAAUAUUUGUCACUCGUACUGCACAGACUUAUUUGCCAUUGUAACUGGUUAGUUUUUUGUUUUGGGGGGGGUUUUGUUUUUGUUUUUGUUUUAAUGAAACGAGUACCAUCUGUGCCCUCAAUUUCCAACACAGGUUUUAAGAACUAAACUAACUAGUCAUGUUUAACCAGAUAAUCCAUGCAGGGGGUGGGGGGGGUGUUCCUUUUUGAAACAAAAUGUUAUUCAAUUAUUAACCAAGUUACUUAUUUUUGAUUUCAAAAGCAGCUGUGUUUCUGAUGAGUACUGAACAAAUGUGUGUAAUUUUCUGUGCCAGACUUUCGACUUUGUUUUCAAGCACUGUAAUGUGGGAUGAUGGUUAGAAACAAUAAUAUAUUAGGGUUUCUAUUUAACCCUUUCAGGACUGAACUGUAUUUCCUUUUAUUAAUUUUUCCAUGUGUUGUGAUAAAUGUUUGCCAGCAUUCAGUACUGUGUUGGUCCAGAUGUAGGUUUAUAUGCUCAUUUUUAGCUUAUUUCUUGUACCUUGCAGCAUGCUCUAUGCAUUCAGUCCUUAAGGGGUUUAUUUUACAAACUGUGCACCUGUAAGGUCUAUUAGCAAUAAGAUAGAAAAUUGAGCAAGUUUAUACCAUAAUUUUGUAGAAAAAAGAAUCUGCUCAGUUCCAUAUUUCAUCCAUGAGAAACCUGCAAUAUGGGCAGUUUCAAGAAAUAAAUAAAAAGGAAAUGUAAACCAUUGUAAAAGUCUUCUGUUGGAUGUGCCUGAUGCAUGUCGUCUUUGAUUUCAGAAUACUUCAUAGAUAAAAUUAAAUUCCAUAUUACAGUUGGUA